GUAGUGAUCACUGUGAGGGGGAUAAAUAUGAUAUGAUAUGAUAUGAUAUCCAUGUCACAAUAAACGAUCUUGUCACAAUCAUGAUUACAUUUCUAUGAGUAGAGAGUUCAAUUGAAACAAUAAUCAGUGAUGUCACUGCUAACAGAUUGUUAGUGUAUUAAUGAACAUGUGUAUUUUUGCUUUUUCCCCCCUUUUUUUUCCCUUUUUCUUGCUGUUCCUGGUUAAAACUUUAUUUGAUGUAAUAUUGUAAUGUAUCUUUUUAAAAAAAAUGCCAAGAGUCACCCUCACCAAUUCUGAAUAUGAAGAGUACAUCAUCAUCAUCAUCAUCAUCAUCAUCAUUAUCGUAUCAUUUUGCCAUUUCACCCACAUUUAGUGACCACGUGCCAGUAGGAAUCAGCAUCAUGACUGAUAUAACGCCAAGUCAGGAUUUCUGCUCGUAAAGACUUUAAAAGUUUUAAAAGAAUGCUGAUCUACAGAGUGAUUCAUCUCCUCUUCAAGCCUCUUGUUCUAAAUAUCAACCCAAGGAAUAUGUACAUCAUGCACCUUGGAAUGGAAUAAGCAUGCUGACUCAAAACCAACUGCCCUGUUGUUCAUGUAAUCACAGCGCUAAAAAUAGGAAUGACAGAAUGCCCCUGCCUGAGUCACUUUUUUGCCCUGAGGACGCCCAGAGUCACAACACUGCCAGCGUAACUCCCAGCUGUGGUUUCUGCAUUAAAAAUGUAGCACAUAAUAGAUAAGGAGUGGCAUUACUCACUACUGAAACUACUUUUUGCCACAUCAAAGUUACGAAAGACAACAGAUUUUAAAAGAACAAAGGUAAAUAUCCCUUAUGAUAAAAAGAAUAAUACAAAAGUUCACUCUCAGUGCUCUAAGAAGAACAUCAUCGUACAGAUAUACGGAAUAAAAGUCUGUACUUGUGCUACAGGAGAAAGAAAACAUUGCCUUGUGUGUUUACUGUCAGCAGCACUGCUCCUCUUCUUCCUGCUUCCUUCCUGAGUACGAGAUCAUUAGUGAAGUAUGUGGAACACAGAAAGUGAAAACAACAUAAAAAUGAUGGUGAAUAUCAAAUAACUUCACGAUCGUGUCUGAAAUUUCACUUUGGAAAGGAGAAGAAGUGAUUCCAAAAGUUAGAAAAGUUGACUUGGUGUUCAUGAGAGUUAAAAAAAAAAAUGCAUGGGCCCAUUUCUGUGUUCCUCUAUUCUAAUCUAAUCUCCAAAAAGUCUGCUUCUGUCAAGGUCAGACCUCACGCAAUACGUCAGCACAUGGUGCUGCUGUUCGAAAACUCCUUGCUCCAGCUCACGAGGACUUCUUAUCUGUUUUAUUUGAGUAAUCAGAACGGCUAUGGGGAUGAUAAAAGAGACGAAUGCCAGGGCCUGUUUUUUUUUUUUCCUCUGCCUGCAGCUUUGCUUUGUUGCAGUGUCACACAUUCACACACGUUUCCUGGUGUAAUUCCUAACUCAGGCUGUACAGCAUUCUCUUGCCAGAAAUCAAAGUUCAAGGAAACUAGUGCGUUUACAAGAAUCGUUCCAUCUCUCGAGUCUUAGGGAGGAGGAAAUGGCUCAUUCGCAUUCUGUCUUCACUAUGGAUGAGUCGCAGAUUUUGAGCAGAGUAAAUGAACAGUUAAAGAGCAGCCAGAACCAGGGCUAUAAUAUAACCAAAUUGAGCAGCUGUAUAGAGGGUAUGCCUUUACCCGAUGUAGUGAAUGACGGCUCCUUCAUUUCCAAGGCGCCAGAGAAGGCUAUGGAGGUGAAACUGGCCGUCACGGCUGAGCUGCAGAGCCUGAAGCAGGAGCUGGGAGAGAGGGGCCAUCCAAGACCACAAGAUGAGGAAUUGCUCAGUGCCCUUAAAGAACAAGUUGCACAACUGACGCAGAGGGAACAGUUUCUGGAACGGCGGUUGGCGACAGUGUGCGAGGAGAACGGCGAGCUGAGAGAAAGUGUGUCUUCGCUACAUACACGACUGGCCCUGCAGGAGCAACAGAGUAAUAUGCAAAUACAGCAGCUGGCAGAGGCCAGGCAGGAGGUGGAGCUUGCGAAAGGCAGAGUUCAAGAUCUCCAGUCUCAGAUAGAGGAACUUCAGGAAGAGGUUUCCCUCCAGAGGACCACUGAUGGGGACACGUCCCUGCUUUCAGAGAUGGAGCGUAGUCUAGAUGCCAUGAACUGGAGCCAAGAUAAGAAGCAGGUCAUACAGGAACUCAGCUCCAUCUUAGACACGCUGCUUCCUGUUUCCCAUGGUUCUGAGGCUCCAUGCAAUCAAGAAGAUGGCUUGCAAUGCAUGCUGGGACAGCUUAAGAGUGUGGUAGAAAGGAUUGUGCAUGAUGAGACACUACAGGAGCUGAAGAGGCCCAUUGUGGGAGGAGACACGGCACUGUGUGAGAAUACAGCCCGGAUACAGGAUCUGCGAGAUCAGAAUGCACAGCUCUUAAAAGAGAAUGCUGAACUCAGGCUCAAAGCUGACAGCAGGCUCGAUGAAGAGAUCAUUCAAAGGGCUAUAAAGGACAGAGAUGACGCCAUUUCAAAAAAAACAGCAGUGGAGGCCGAACUGUUGCAGAGCAGAAAGGACAUGAUGUAUCUGAACAACCAGCUGCUGGAGGCCAUCCAGCGUAAACUAGAGCUUUCUCAGGAACUGGAAGCCUGGCAGGAUGACAUCCAGGUAAUCAUUAACCAGCAGCUGAAGAGCCAGACAGAGCAGCAGACGCAGUCAAAGCGAUCUGGAGGAGGCCGUCUCUCUUUUUUCCGCAAACCACUAAAAGCAUCCACCUCAGUGUCCUGCAUACCGGAGACCACAACGGUGUCCAGCCAUUCACCCUGGAGAAACUGGCUCAAAGUGGCCAAAUAAACCACACUCACAGACACACACACAGACAAACUGCACACUGCUGUAUGGAGUGCAUCAGCGUCAGAACAUCAAAUAUGUGACUCUGCAGGCUGUACAUUUUUUAGCUCUCAGGUAAGAGUCAAGCCAGCAUUGACAAGGUCACUGUAUGCAUCCGAUCGAAAAAACACUACUACAUAAUGUAAUCUUCCUGGGCAAAAGUGGAUCAAUUUAACCUAAUUUUGCCCUGAGAUCAAGUGCAUGGUUAUUUAAAACCACACCUGACACUGAUGUCUGUGUGGUAUUGGGGGAACAAAAGAGCACUUGCGAAUCAAAUCUACUGUAUUUACUGGUUGUGCUUAUAUUAUUUAUUUAAAAAAAAGGGAACAAAUCUAUCAUUUAGUGGCUGCUCUUAGAGAUUACAACACUUCUAGAGGAACAUUCAGGAAAACCAUUUCUAUUGCAAUGAACUGCAUCAUUUAAAAUAUGCACGAGUAAAUGGAAAUGUGUUAAUAAGGCAUCAAAGUCUGCAAAACUUAUGAGAACUUACCUGAAUAUUCUGCUUUUGUAAAUAUUUUGUAUUAAAUAUGGAAGAAUAACUCAAAUUGAGUUGACAGUAUUAUAAAAAAAAAAAACACACAGACUGGUGGAGAUGAAUGUCUAGAGCCUGUUGUAUGAAGUAAAUGGCUUGAUAUUUCAGUAUUUAGCCUAUGUGCCACCUCACCUCCUGAUAUCCAACUGAUACCCCGCUGCUUAUAUCUUUUACAUCAAUGUCCUACGUGUCUUGAAGGAAGGAUCUGUGUAGUUUGUUCGUGGUCUGGCACAUGUGUACUUUAAAUGAUUUGUUAAAAGUGUUUGAGAGAUGUGAAUGUAAUAAUCCAUCAGGUUCUUCAAUGCUAGGACAGAUUCCUGGUCUAGUCCUUCAGGAAGUUCAUACUUCAUUGUUUUUUUGUUUUUUUACUGUAUCUAUUUGGCUCAAGUGUGUUAAGUAGCUGAACAAAACACAAAGGAUCAAAAGCCUAGAUGGCUGCCCUAUACAGUUACAUUUAAACCCAGUUUAGUAUUGUUUAUCAUAUUAUUAUUAUUAUUAUUAUUGAUCAGUAAUAAGUUAUCUGUAUUGAUAAAUAUGGUUGCGAAUGCAUGUUUAUAAUGUAUAUAAUAACUCGUGGACUCUUGCCUUACGCUGUAAAAUAAAGAUUUUUUUUUUCAA